GUUGACUAAUAAAAUUACCCAAAAUAUAAUAUGGGGGACGAAAUAUCGAUAUUUUUGGUGGUGGUUCUCGCGAUUGGAGGUUUAAUGAUGAUGAGCGCACUGCUGGCUUGCUACGCUUGUAUCUUUCGAGACUUGUGCUGUAGGCCAGAGGACAGAUCGAAAAGGAGGCGUCCUCAGAGUCCCCAUCAUGAACACGAUGACCCUAAUAGACCCAGACUGGAUGCAAUACUCUUAAACGAUAUUACACAAGGAGAAAGUAUGCCUACGGAGUCUGAAAAGGUCUAAUUAAA